AUGUCGGGUGAUGCUGUUUGCUCUUCACGCCACCCUGAGAUCCUUUGGGCACAGCGGCCUAAUUGCGUCUAUCUUACAGUCGCUCUUUCUGAUGUCAAGGAUGAGGAGAUUGACUUUAAAUCCGAGUCUUUUCAUUUCAAAGGAAGAGUGGACUCUCCAACACCCACGAAUUACGAGCUCAAAUUUGACUUCUACGCCGAAGUCGACCCCAAGAAGGCGGUUAGGCAGAUCGGUGACCGGGUUAUAACUUAUUGCGUCGAGAAGAAGGAGUCUAGUGUUUGGCCUCGGCUCCUUAAGGACUCAUCGAAGCAGCCUUGGUUAAAGACUGAUUUUAGUAGAUGGAAGGAUCUGGAUGAUUCCGACUCGGACGGCGAGGGUGGCUUUGGUGGUUUCGGUGGGGCUGGAGGCAAUUUCCAAGAUAUGCUCUCAAUGAUGGGAAAUAAGGACUUGGGAGAGGAGGAGGAGGAGGAGGAAGAUUCGGAUGACGAUGAACUCCCGGAUCUUGAAGAUCCUGCAAAGCCUAAGGCUGAGGAGGUGAAUUCGUAA